AUGGCAACCCAGAACCAAGACCGCCUCCGAACACACUUCUCCUCGACUCCCGACAAAGAACACAACAACCGCUGGGACGACCUAUGGAGAGACUCUACAUUCCUACCUUGGGAUCGUGGUCACGCGAACCCCGCAUUGAUUGACCUGCUGCAGGAGCGUGGUCGCCCAUUGUCGUCCCCAGACCCAAAUCCUUCUCUCGGCGCACCACCACCAAAUAGCGAAUCGGCGGGUUAUGCGUCACUCGCUGGACCUCUACGAGACGAUAAGAAGAGGAGGAGGGUGCUUGUGCCGGGGUGUGGAAAGGGAUACGAUAUAGCGCUCUUCGCGGCGCAUGGAUAUGACGCUUAUGGGCUGGAGGUGUCCUCGCAUGCUGCUGAGGCCGCGAGGGGUUAUCUAAAGGACGCUGGCAAGGGCCCAUUGGAAGGAGAAUACCAGGUGGCAGAUGAGAAGAUCGGUAAAGGGGCGACGAACGUUGUAUGUGGGGAUUUCUUUGAGGAUGGCUGGUUGGUAGAUGUAGAGGGCUGGGAGGGUGAUGAAGGAUUUGACAUUAUCUACGACAUUACGUUCCUCUGCGCGCUCCCUAAGUCGCUAAGGCCAAAGUGGGCAUCUCGAAUGACCACGCUUCUCCGCCGCCCGACCGCGAACUCCCCGUCUACGGGUGGUGUCCUCAUCUGUCUCGAGUUCCCAACACAUAAGCCCGCAUCCUCUGGCGGCCCUCCGUGGUCGCUUCCGCCGCUUGUACACACUGAGCUGCUCAAGCAGCCAGGUGAGGAUAUCUCGUAUGACGAUCAGGGAGUGGUGACAAAAACGGAUAGAGAGGAGGCGGACAACGCGCUGGUCAAGAUCGCGCACUAUACGCCCAGGAGAACCCACGAUGCUGGCGUGAUCAAAGGUCUCGUACGAGACUGCGUGAGUAUGUGGCGACACAAGGUAGAUUGUCCGGAGGAGCAGAGAUGGCAUUGA